AUGGACGAGAAGGAAGUUAACUUCUUGCCGAAACCGAAAAUGCCGAAGGUGGGAUGCUUCCGGGCGAUCUGUGAUCGCAUUCCGGCCCGUUUGGUGCUGUACUUUCUGUCCUGGUCCGGAUUUCUGGUCUCAUUCGUAAUGCGAAACGAUAUCAACUUUGCCCUGGUGGCGAUGGUACAGGAUCCCAGCACGAACUCCACCGCCAACGAUCACUGCAAUACUGGGGCGGAUGCCGCAGCAUCACUGAACGAGGGUGACGAUUACAACUAUACGCUGUCGAUGGCCAAUUCCACCACAACCGUGCUGCUGGAUGGGCUUGCCUCCAUCGAUGACAUCAAGUUCGACUGGGAUUCGACGGUGCAGGCAGUAAUCAAAUCGUCCUUCUACUGGUGCUACGUACUGUCGCAAGUAGUUGGUGGGGUAGCGACCCAGUACUUUGGCACCAAGAACGUGUUCGGGUGGUCCCAAUUCCUGACGGCAGCUUGCAGUUUGCUCAUACCGCAUGCAGCGGAUUUACAUUACGGUGCCGUGAUACUGCUGCGAUCUGUGCAAGGCUUCGCCAGUGGGCUUACCUGGCCGGCCAUGUACGCCAUCGUCGGCUACUGGAUACCGCCGGUCGAGCGAAGUCGAUUCAUGAGCAGCUUUCAGGGCUUCAGUAUCGGUAUUGGGUUGACGUAUCCGCUGUGCGGUUUCAUCAUUGCCCAUUUUGGCUGGCGUCAGGUGUUCUACACGACCGGUACGAUCGGCAUGGUUUGGUGCGUGUUCUGGUAUCUGCUCGCCUACAACACACCCCAGGAGCAUCCGCGCAUCACACCGGAGGAGCUGGAGUACAUCGAGCUAAAUGUGAGCGAGGACAUCAAGAAUGGGCAGGGAAUGCGUGUACCGUGGAGACGCAUAUUCACCUCGAUGCCGGUGUGGGCAAUCGGACUAACCACAUUUGGACGCAUUUGGGUGCAUUACACGUUCAUCAUGUCCGGGCCAGAGUACAUGCAGAAGAUCUUCUGCUUCGAUAUACAGCAGAACGGGCUGUUGUCCGGUGCGCCAUUCCUUUGCUCCUAUCUGUCAUCCGUACUGUUCUGUUAUAUAGCGGAUCUGCUGAUGGAUCACAAGACGCUAACACUCACCAACGUCCGCAAGCUGUUCACCGCUUUGUCACAGAUCGUGCCGGGCGUGCUGGUGCUGCUGGUCGGCUACCUCGGCUACCAGAUCGUAACGGUACUGAUACUGUGGUUUGUCGCCGUAACCUUCAUCACGGCGUCGUAUGCUGGCGCAAUGGCAAAUAUCGUCGACAUUGCCCCGAACUUGGCAGGACCGGUGUUGGCAUUUGCGCAAACUAUCCACAUGACCGCUUCCUUCCUACAGCCGCUCGUUACCGGUUUUAUGGUGACUGAUUCGCAAAACAUUAACCAGUGGUUGCACGUGUUUGGUGUAUCGUCGGUGGUAGCGAUUAGUACGUACCUUAUCUACCAGGUGUUUGGAACGGCGGAGAUACAAUCGUGGAACUAUCCAGUUACCGAUCCGGAAAUCACGUCUUCGGAUGAUUCAGCCGUGAUUGCCAAUCAGCCAAUGAUAAAGGUGGAGCCAGGCCUCAAGUUUGAUGACGACGACGAUGACGAUUGA